CUGUCAUCGAGAGUUAAUUUUGUUAAUCCUAUUGGUGAUUUUAAUGUCUAACUUGGUGCUUCUAUAUUUCAUAUGGAUUUAAGAUAGUUUGGAUGAUAUUUUGGUUCUGUUUGCUGCUUUGUUCAAUUGUUUUGAAGUCAGACAAUAGUUGCUGCAACCAAUGAGACAAAAGUUUUCAGUGGUGAAUUUGCAGGGUAAUGCAAUCAUGCUAUUUUGUCAAAUCUCUUAAUGUAGCUGCUGUUUAUUAUCUCCUUAUUUAGGGCUCAGAUAGCCUUCUAGGAGCCUUGCACUUAAAUUGCUGUUAAAAAUGGGACUUAGUUGUCAAGGUAAGUUCAAACUGGCUCUGCUGAAUGCAGCAAUACUGAAAUAUUUUUUAAAAGCUGAGCCAUGUCCUCCUAAGUCACUUUUCAAUAAUGGGAUAUAACUUCUGCUCCUUUGGGAAAAAAAAAAAAAAGACUAUUUGACACAGAGAGCUAUCUUUGUCUUGUACAACACAGAGCACAUUGUCAACAAAAUGAUCUUCUUUCGGUAUGUUUCUCAGGUCUGUGAAACUGGCUAAAUAUAAAGUAUGCCGGCAAUAUAAGAUAUUGCUACUUCAAGAGCUGUAGAAAUCAUAGGGGCACAAUGGAAUUGAUUUUCUGUUCGUGUGUUCUGCUUCUGUGUGCAGAUCGGCCUGGGUUAAGUGUUCGCUGGCAAAGCAGGUAACUUCUGCUUCUGCCAUUUGGCUUCCAUAAACUAAUUUCUUGAGAGACUAGCUAGCAUGUUACAGCAAAGACUUCAGUAAUGGCUUAUAAAAGAAUUACGCUUGGUUAAAUUUACAAGACUUAUUUGUACUGGUAAGUGCUUUAUGGAUGGUUUAAUGAGUAACCUCUACUUCAAUUAGUCAAUUGCUGUUCUCCUGCAGUGUAAUCUAUGGGCUGCUUUUUUCCUAUAAAAGCUCUUCUUGUUUUCACUCGGUCACGUAGCACCCAAGAUGUGCGUUGCCCCUAGUAAGCUGCUGUUCCUCCUGACGGGAAUAGUUUGUAUUACAGAGUUUCUUGCCACACCAUCCCCUCUUCAGAAAGAUCCCAAGUGUGGGCAGAAAUUUCAUGAGACGAAACUGCGGAGUUACUUUAACCUUUUUACUCGCAUUGUUGGGGGAAACCAGGUGAAACGAGGCUCACAUCCAUGGCAGGUUUCCUUGAAACGAAGGCAAAAGCAUUUCUGUGGAGGCACCAUUGUUUCUGCUCAGUGGGUGGUCACGGCAGCUCACUGCAUCUUGGACAGGAAUCUACUCCAGUAUUUGAACGUCACUGCAGGAGAGCAUGAUUUGAGGAUCAGGGAGAAUGGAGAGCAGACACUCCCUGUUAAAUAUAUCAUUAAGCAUCCAAAUUUUGACCCCAGAAAACCAAUGAAUUAUGAUGUUGCCCUUCUGAAGAUGGAUGGAGCCUUCAACUUUAGUGCAUCAGUUUUGCCAGCAUGUCUUCCUGAUCCAGGUGAAAAGUUUGAAGCAGGAUAUAUCUGCACUGCUUGUGGUUGGGGCCGUUUAAAUGAGAAUGGACUGCUCCCUCAGGUAUUAUAUGAGGUCCAUCUACCAAUCCUAAACAGUAAAGAGUGUUCAAGAGCGUUGUCAACUUUAAAGAAACCCAUCCAAGGUGACACUAUAAUGUGUGCUGGAUUUCCAGAUGGAGGAAAAGAUGCCUGCCAGGGAGACUCUGGGGGCCCUCUUCUGUGCCGAAGUAGGCAUGGUGCCUGGACUCUAGCUGGUGUGAUCUCAUGGGGCAUGGGAUGUGCUCGUGGCUGGAUAAGUAACGAGAAGAAACAACAUUACAGAAGAGGAUCUCCAGGAAUAUUUACAGACCUAAGUGCAGUGCUCUCCUGGAUUCAAGAAAAUAUGAGUACUGAUCUGAAAAUGAAAAGUUCCACAGCAUUUUGUAGCACUCAGGAUGGCAAACUCCCCAACAGUGAAGGAGAAUUACAUUUUCCUGGAAAUCCCAAGCAUUUCUAUCAAAACCACCAGUUGUGUGUAUGGACUCUGUUUGUACCAGAAGGGAAUUAUAUAUUGCUUCGUUUUUCCCACUUUGAUAUAGAAGCAGAAACAUUUUGUGACUAUGAUUCUUUAUCAAUCUAUUCUAAAGAUGACAGGCUUGUUGGGAAAUUCUGUGGAGGAGAUCUUCCAUUACCUAUUUUGGUUGGCUCCGAUAGUGUAAGGCUGAAAUUUGUGUCUGACAACAAGGAUUAUGGAACUGGGUUUUCCAUGACCUACAGAGCUCUUGCACCAGAUAUUCUUCCUGAUUCUGGCUGUGAGUCUUUAGCUGUCCUUUUUGAAGAGGGAGUGCUACAAAGUAUGCACUAUCCAGAGCAGUACAGCAACCUGGCAAACUGUCAAUGGGUUGUCUGUGCACCAGAGGACCAUGUCAUCAAGCUUACAUAUCAUUCUUUUGAAGUAGAAGAGAAUGAAGAUUGCUCUUACGAUGCUGUGAUUGUGUAUGAAGAUGUAGGAAAAGAGGAGGAAAUUGCUAAGUCUUGCGGAUUUGCUCUACCAGCACCUGUUCUAAGCUCCUCUGAUAUGAUGUUGAUCGUCUUUCACUCUGAUGAAACAGAGACCUUUGGAGGAUUCAGAGCCACAAUCUCUUUUGUUCAUGUAACAGAUUUAAAUAAUUUGGAUUCAAAUGGUGAAGAAGAAUUCAAAGAUAUGACUGCGGAAGAAAUAAAGAUUACGACAGAUGAUACUUGUGGAGUGCCUUCAAAUCAGCCCAGGUUCCUCUUCAGUAGGAUAGUUGGAGGUGAAGAAGCUGUACCAUACUCAUGGCCUUGGCAAGUUAGUGUACAGAUUUCAGAUGAGCAUAUCUGUGGAGGAGCAGUUCUUGCCAAAGAAUGGAUUGUCACAGCUGCUCACUGCUUUAAUUCUAAGGAACAAUACAGAGACUUAUGGACAGUGGUCACAGGACUUCACGAUCUUGCAGAGCAAGAAUACAGACAGAAAAGGACAAUAAAGCAGUUUAUUAUACAUCCAAGUUUUAAUAAGACCACCAUGGACUGUGAUAUUGCCUUACUGCGACUGGCCGAGCCUUUGGAAUUCAACCACUACGUACGCCCGGUGUGCCUGCCUGCGAAGGAAGAGGCAGUUCAGCCCUCGAGGGUGUGCGUUGUCACAGGAUGGGGUGCACAUGCAGGAGACAGAGAAAAGGGGAAAAAACUGCAUCAGCUUGAGGUCCCCAUCCUGGUGCUUGACACAUGUCAGAGCUAUUAUGUAAACCUUCCCAGUAAAGUGACCCAGAGGAUGAUCUGUGCUGGGUUCCCUCUGGAAGAAGGCAAGGAUUCAUGCACAGGUGAUUCUGGUGGUCCAUUAGUUUGUCCUUCAGAAGAUGACUCUGGAUUUUACACCCUUAAUGGAAUCACUAGCUGGGGCUUGGGCUGUGGAAAGAAGAGCUACCCAGGAGUAUACACCAAUGUUGGUGUUUUUGUUGACUGGAUCCAGCAGAGUGUUAAUACUAGUGAUCUCCCCGUUUUCAUGGUGUAACUGUCAAAUCAGCAGUUCUUAUGGACAACGUUGUAAAAAACUUCCAAAGUACAAGUACCGUUGAAAGCAAAAUUUGGUGAGAGUGUAUUAGUUCAUGCUUGGUGAACAGAUUCCAAAGUAGCUGAUACUUAUUUCAGUGAAGUUACUGAUUUACCUGAAUUGAGACUUUGGCCUUACACAUGUGUUGUCGGGGCAGAUGCCAGUUACUUUCAGUCUUCUGAAAAUCUAUCUGUAUUAAAAGAAAAGGGGGGGAGGAUAAACCACCAUAUGGCAUAUGUCAAGCGUGUACUUGAACACAGUACAGGAGGGUGUAAAAUACUGCAGAGAUGAGAUUAAAUACCCGCUCAUGUAAAACAGAAUUGACGGGCUAGUCAAUUGCCUUUUCAUUAAGGUCAACAGGAGUGUUACCUCUGACUCUGAGAGGACCUAGGCAGUGGCAGUAGUAGUGAGGAAGAACACUGGGUAGUGAUCAGUGAUGUGAAUCAAUCCAAUUGUUGGGAAAAGAGUGUUUUUAGCGUGCCUAAAUGAUGGUCCUUAUGGGCCUGAAUUCACUGAUUUGAGUAUUACAAUGCUCUUAUUGGCUGAGAAACCUGGCCACUGGUGCCUGUGAUAAUGGUAACAGCUGCUCUGGCAAGGAAGCUGAAUUGCAAUGCAGUGUAAAAUAUUCAUUUUCUGGCCUUUUUUUUUUUUUUUUUUUUUUCAAAUAAAAGCUACCAUAUGCAGAGAAGGCAUAACAAGACAGAGAGGUAAUAACAGAAAAGGCACCUCCAAAACUCCUUAGCCUUUCAAGGUGUAAGGUUAACUCAGCAGUGAACCAGGGUCAUUUGCAUGACCACCUUCUGGUCUGCCUUUACAGUGGAAUUGUCAAUCAGCGCAAAGCCCCAUAUAUUGGCUUCUGUAUUUUGAAAGAGUUUCAUGGCUUGCUGGUAAGAUGGAAAUUCUCUGAUGGGUGUUUUCUAGACAUUAAACAAUUUCUUUUGAAUGUAGGUAAUUCUGCAUAGUAAGGACUGUGCUAGGUGGAAAUAGUGAUCUCAACCAUCUACACCUUUUCAGUAACUUGUCCACAUUCUGGGAUAUUUAGGGUGUUUCCUUUGUUUGACCUAACCUUUCCCUUGCAUCAACUGUGUGCCCACUUUAAUUCCAUUGGUUGUGAUAGGUCUGGUUGACUUAGAAUUCAGUUCAUUGGAGUAAGUUUUAUUUAUAAUCAUGUGAAGUCAGUAUUUCACUGAAUAGUUUAAAAUCAGUUAUGUUUAUUGAUUUUUAGAUCUCUUAUUCUGGGUUAUCAAUGGAUCCGUUGACUAAGGUCUAAAUGACGUCUUGAUGACUUAUUCAAUAUUUUAAUGUGUUGUGUUGCUGUGUCUGUAGGGAAUACGAAAAUCACUGAGAUCUUUUGCAGAUGCUAAAUGCUUGUGUUCAGAACUUCAGUAAUGAUCAUCAGAAUUCAACAGAUGUGUUGACAAAGCAGUAGGUAUUAGAUUGUCCUCUAUCUGCUUUCCCUGCUCUGUUCCAGAUUUCUGCAUUGAAGAAAAGUUGAUAUUUUGAUUAAAAAGCAACAUCAGCUUUUCAAGUUUUUUGAGAAGCUGGAUGCAUUCAUUAAGUAAUUAAAACCUUGCCCUAGUAUUUCCUAUUUUAACAAAUAGCUUGCUAUUCAAACAGAUAAGUGUUUGAAAAUACAGGCAUUCCAGGCCAAGGGGCUCUGGCACCAUGCAAGAACUGACAAAUAUUCUAAUUAAACUAUAGAUAUAAUUAAAUAGAUACUAUGCAAUCCAUGUACUGUAAACUGAGCAAAACUUAAAGGCAAGUAGCAGUUUGUUUAAUGCUGAAAUGGUUGCUUACACAAAAAAUUGUGAUGACAUGUUCCCAUUAUCUUUGCAAAUGGUGCUGUGCCUGGUCUUAGUGUUUAAAAACUAGAUCAGCGUGAUAGCACAAUAGGUAACAAAAGUUCUUUGACUCAAUGGCCUGGAAAAUAACUAGAAUGGAUUAAAAUAUCUCAUUUUGCUUCUGUUAAUAUUAAUGGCAAAAAUGAUUGGAGAUGUAUUUCCAGUAUAUGAGUUUGGGGCCACUAAUCCUAUUCUUUUGAUGGCAUUAGUUUAGGACUUCUGAUUUAUUUAAAUAUAUAAUUUCAUUCUGCAGCCAGAUUUAAAAAACAACAACAACCACCUCUUUGUCUCUACAUUUAUUCCCAAAUGACUAUGGUAGGCCUCUUUUGACCAGCUUUUUCUCUCCACUGCAAAGUUUCCGACAAAAACUCACAAAAAAAUCUGGAGCAUGUGCUUUCUGUGAAACUGUGAAAGCGUUUCAUACUGGAGGGACUAUGGACAAACUCAGAUAAGUUCCAAAGACUAAGUGUAAGGCACAACUGUGUUAAACUACUAAUAGGUUGUGUGUGUUCUUUCUUUGAUGAGCUUCUUUAAAGAAGCCUUUGGAAAGGGAUAGCGGGAAAAUUACCUUUACAAUUUUUCACUGUGGAAGUUGAAUGCUGUCCAGCUGUAGUGGUAGUUGGUAUUAGCAGAUGCAUCAGUUUAACUAUGCUAAGAGCAGUUGUGUCUAUUCACUUGGGCCUGCUUCUGUUUUGCCUAACAGGAACAAGAUGACUUAAAGUAUCUGUAAAAUUUCUAUCUGCAUAUUAAUCUAAAACAAGGAUAUCACUAGGUGUGUUCAGAUUUAAAAAAAAAGGGGGAGGGAAGAGGUGGGGGAUGACAAACUUACAGGUGUAUCAGUUGUAUUAGCCCUAUUUAAUGCAGUGCAUAUAGACUAAUAAAUCGAUGUCACUUUAAAAAAUCCUUAACAAUAUUAGCAGUACUAUCCUAGGUUAUUUAUAUGUGACUUGAUUGCUAAGGUACAUACUUUUUGCUUGAGUAUAUGGUGUAGACUUUUCAUAUUUCUCCUAGUAUGGCUUUACAAGUAGGUUAGUUUUACUUUUAUUUGUUGUAUCUUUUCAGCCUUCUAUAAGCUGCCAGGACCUUUUAAUACAAUAAGUGGUAAUACAAAUGUGAAAUGUUCUGUGAUGCAAAUGAAAUCUGAUUGAAAAAUAAAAAAGUACUUCCAAAGGA